AUGUCGGACAGGGAUCUGGAGGGUUUGCGGAAAAAAUUGACAGAGAGGAUUGAGAGGGAUGGGAUGAAGGGCAUGGCAGUGUCGGAGGAGCACCACUUUCCCUCGGCCGACACCGACACUGCCACACUCAAAGCCCAGGUACUCUUUCUUCAGCCGGACCUCGUCACCAAGCCAGAAAAGGCGGUAGAGUGGGCUGAAGCAAGGCCGGACAAGAUCUCGCAUGACGAUGCUAUCAGUGUGCGGUAUGUUGUAAAUCUGCCUCCCAGCGCGGAUGUAUUUUUCCAUUUCACCCAGACAAUCGGCUAUCCCGUGAUCACGCACGACAAACUUGAGAUGGAGCUACACGACGGGACCAAGACGAUCGUCCAUCCUGGUGACCUAGUAGUGCAGGCUGCCAUCAUUCACCGAUGGAACAAUCUCGAGCCAGAGUGGGCUCGUGCGUUUGCUUCUUUGAAUCAGUGCAGAUGCUAA